CCCGAGCGGCGCCUGAGGGGGAAGGGCCGGGAGUCCCCGUGGUGCGGGCCGUGCUCCCGACGCCUGCAACACCCUUUCCCUUCUCUCUUCUCUAGUUGCUUAUAUUUCUUCAACCCGGAAACACGACAGCAUUAAAGAUGCUUCUGAGGACCUCAAGCCGGUCAUUGACGGCAUGGAUGGAAUCAAAAUCUCUCAGGGGCUCGGGCUGCAGGACUUCGACCUGAUCCGGGUCAUCGGGCGCGGGAGCUACGCCAAGGUGCUGCUGGUGCGGCUGAAGAAGAACGACCAGGUGUACGCCAUGAAGGUGGUCAAGAAGGAGUUGGUCCACGACGACGAGGACAUCGACUGGGUGCAGACGGAGAAGCACGUGUUUGAGCAGGCGUCCAGCAGCCCUUUCCUGGUCGGCCUGCACUCCUGCUUCCAGACCACAAGCCGGUUGUUUCUGGUCAUCGAGUACGUGAACGGGGGCGACCUCAUGUUCCACAUGCAGAGGCAGAGGAAGCUUCCGGAGGAGCACGCCAGGUUCUACGCCGCGGAGAUCUGCAUUGCGCUCAACUUCUUACACGAGAGAGGGAUUAUCUACCGGGACCUGAAGCUGGACAACGUCCUGCUCGACGCUGACGGCCACAUCAAGCUGACGGACUACGGCAUGUGCAAGGAAGGCCUGGGCCCCGGAGACACGACGAGCACUUUCUGCGGCACCCCAAAUUACAUCGCCCCAGAGAUCCUGCGGGGGGAGGAGUACGGGUUCAGUGUGGACUGGUGGGCCCUGGGUGUCCUGAUGUUCGAGAUGAUGGCCGGCCGCUCCCCCUUCGACAUCAUCACCGACAACCCCGACAUGAACACCGAGGACUACCUUUUCCAAGUCAUCCUGGAGAAGCCCAUCCGGAUUCCCCGCUUCCUCUCGGUCAAGGCAUCCCACGUCUUGAAAGGAUUUCUAAACAAGGACCCGAAGGAGAGGCUCGGCUGCCGGCCACAGACUGGAUUUUCUGACAUCAAGUCUCACGCCUUCUUCCGCAGCAUAGACUGGGACCUGCUGGGGAAGAAGCAGGCGCUCCCGCCCUUCCAGCCACAGAUUACCGACGACUACGGUCUGGACAACUUCGAUACGCAGUUCACCAGCGAGCCGGUGCAGCUGACUCCCGACGACGAGUAAGGCUGCUGGAGUGGGGCGU